AUGGGAGACACGGGAGCAGGGGCCGAUUGCUGCCCAUGCUGUCCUGCGAGUGUGCAGGCUGCCACCAUCACUAAGCAACCCAGAGCAGGCGCCAGUCACGGCCCUGCUGUCCCAGGGGUGCACGGGCCACUGGGGGACUCUGAGCAGGGGCCGACGGCUGCCCCCACCCUAGCGGGAGCGUGCCUAGGCCACUGCACCCGCACACCCCCAUCACCAAACCCCACAUCCACUGGGAAGGUGACCCACAACUGGAAAAUAAUUACACAGCAGAGCUUCGCCCACAGGAGUGAGAGCUCUGAGCCCCACAUCAACUUCUCCAGUCUGAGGGUCCGACAUCAGGAGCAGGAGCCCCCAGAGCACCGAGUUCUGUUUUGCGGGCCAGGAGGACCUCCUCCUGUGCAGGAACUCCACAGGACUGGGGGCGACAGAGACUCCACUCUUAGAGGGACAAGACGAAAUUUCACAUGCACUGGGACCCAGCAUCAAGCAGUGGCUCCACAGAAGCCUGGGCUACAUCUACCUGUGGGUGCUGGAGGCUCUCCUGGGGUUGUGGGGGUCAACUGUGGCUCACUAUGGGGGCAAGGACACUGGGAGUGA